CACGACCACCGCAGCAGCGACCAUGCAUCGAGCAGCCGCUGCGCGAUGGCUCAAUCGGGCCUUGCGCAUUGGGGACACGGGUUCGUUCACACGGCUGCCCGUAUAUUUGUGCCCUGCGCUUCGGUUUCCCGACUGCGGCGCCCUGUCACGCGAGCGGCGCGCGCCGCCGUAUAAGUCGGCCGCGACGCAAUGCCGCAUGAACCACACCGAAGUCAUUGCAAGCGAGCAUGUCAGCGCGACACCGCCGACAGAGACGCCGACGCUCCCGGCUCGAAAACUGCCGGUGACGUGCAGCGGCUGUGGAGCCUUCACCCAGACCGACGAUCCGCAGCAAUUUGGGUACUACAACCCGGACAGCAAGAGGGUGCGGACCUGGCUGAGGCCGAAGGUAUCCGACAGAAGGGUGGAGGAGGCCGAGGAGGACAAGAUUGUGGACGAGGCGCUCAAGAACGUGGACAGCAAGCUGCUCGAGGAGCUUGGACUGAACACUACUGCCAUGGUCUCUGGCGAGGCGGCGCAGGAGGUCGCUGCAGCCGCUCUGACGUCUGCCCAGCCUCCGGUGUGCGACAGAUGCCACAAUCUCAUUCAUCACAGUACGACCAGCGACACGGCGAAGCUCACCAUGUACCAUCCCACCGUCGAGUCCCUGCGCGAAACGAUCGAGGAGUCGCCGCACAAGUACAAUCACAUAUAUCAUGUCAUUGACGCCGCCGACUUUCCCAUGUCUCUGAUACCGCGGCUCAAUGUGCUCCUGGGAGACAUACCGUUGAGGUCGCGCAACCGCCGCUCCAGGUCGGACAAGUACCAGCAUGACCGCAAGACGGAGAUGAGCUUCAUCGUGACGAGAGGCGACUUGCUCGCGCCCACCAAAGAGAUGGUGGACGGCCUGAUGCCGUACCUGAGGGAGGUCCUGAGAGAAGCGCUGGGGCGGCUUGGCCAGAGAGUGCGGCUCGGUAAUACCAAGUGCGUGAGCGCGAAGAGGAGCUGGUGGACCAAGACGGUCAAGGAGGACAUUUGGAAGCGGGGUGGUGCCGGCUGGAUGGUUGGGAAAGUCAACGUCGGCAAGAGCCAGCUCUUUGAGGCCGUCUAUCCAAAAGGUCGGGUGACGGAGGCUCAGCAAGGCAACUCUGCGGCCGGCGCGACACGCUCGGGAGACACUACCAGUGGCGGACCUGUGGCUGACGAGGUUACCCGACCAGACGAGGUGUGGGCGGACUUGAACGUUGGCGAGCUUCUCCCGCCCGCCCAGCCGGCACAAAACUAUCCCGCGAUGCCGGUAGUGUCGUCAUUACCGGGGACUACGGCGUCACCCAUCAGAGUCCCCUUUGGCAACGGCAAGGGGGAGCUCAUUGAUCUGCCGGGCCUGGCACGGAGCGACCUUGAGCUCUUUGUCAAAGAGGAGCAUAGGCAAUCACUCAUCAUGAAGAACCGGAUCGUGCCCGAGCAAAUCUCAGUCAAGUCGGGAAAGUCGCUUAUCCUUGGAGGGGGCCUCAUACGCAUCACGCCAAGCACGCCCGACAUGAUCUUUCUCAUGUAUAACUUCACGCCUAUCAAGGAGCACCUGACGAGCACGGAAAAAGCGGUCGAAUUUCAGAAGCAGACGAGGCAGUCCAUUGGCGUGGAGACUAUUGCUCUGCCAGAGGCCGCUGAGAGGACCAAACUUGCCGGCAAGUUUCGGCUGUGUCACGAUGUGACCAAGAAGCGUGCGGGACCCCUGACUCGCAAGAGUGCGGUUGGCCUGCAGGUUGACCGAUUGCCUUUCCGCGUGCUCUCGACGGAUAUCCUGAUUGAGGGUGUUGGAUACGUUGAGAUAGUGGCGCAGGUCCGGACCCGUGACUUUGAGCGGUGGUCCGCCAUGCAGGAUGCGGUCGAUAGGCACGCGCAAAAAGGCGAGGAGGCACGGGGGGAAUCAGAAGAUGGCAGCCCGGCGGCAUCAGAUGACCCGUUCGCGGAGUUGACGAGGGAUAGACGAGACGAUUCGGGAGGGGAGCCGGUCCGCGCAACAGCUCGCCCACGACCACCUAAGCCGGACUGGCCGUCGGUGGACGUGUACACACCUGAGGGCCGAUUCGUCGGCUCGCGUGUGCCGAUUCACGGGUGGUUGAACAACAAGCCGCGCGUGCUGCCCAAGCACAAGAAGAGCCGGCCGAGGCGCAGCAUGAAGGGUGAGAAGAAGAAGGAGAAGAAGGAGAGGCGAGGCGCAGCUGGCAUGGGCGCGACGGAAUGACCGUGUGAGACCCGUGUCCGUUUCAUCGUUGACGUUGAAGACGCUUAGAUACUGUAUAACUACCUACCUGUACGGACGUUACUACCUUGUAGCUUAGGCAACAUGCCCCUCUUGUGUGUCUGCGUAUUCUUGGCGGCGACCAGGUGAUGCCGGCACGGAUUGACAGUUUGCUCCAGAUUCACCUCGAUUAUAUUUCUUUGA